AGGGCCAAAAAACAGCUCACACCACAGCAUACAUUAGAAGUAUACAAACAUACAAUACUUGAAAUGAACUAACGUUUCACCCACUGGCGGGAUACUGGUGAUAGUGUAACAAGGACCUUGGAAAACGGACACACGUCGGGGAGAAGCACGAUCAGAUCACGUGCGGCACCGAUGUCAUAUGGGGUACAUUCUUGGCUCGCGGCUGCAACUUUUGCUCUUGAUCUCCUCCUGCUCUCUUCCUCCUCGUUCUAGCCAUGGCUCCCAUCUCUGCACUCAUAGGGUCAACGGAGGACUCAGCACGACAGAUCCUCGAUGCCAUCGAGUCGCAAUUUCAACUCUCAGACGAUGCGCUCGUGAGAAUCACCGACCAGUUCCUCAAGGACUUUCGACUCGGUUUAAGCGAGUAUAAUCACCCCAUGGCCAUGAUCCCUACGUUCGUCACUGGCGUGCCAAACGGUUCAGAAACAGGCAUAAAAGUUCCCGCAGGCUACAUUGCUUCUAUCAUGUUCUUUGCUUUACUGGCCUUAAGGUAUUCAAAGCAUCUGCAACUCCUCGCUACGAUCGGGAUGUACCACGGUUGUACGGCAUUAGUGUGGGGGAGCGCCAAGCAACAUAUAUCACUUCACAUCGCUUGUUUUCGGCGUUUGCUGUGCUGCGUAAUGCCUGGAGAGCCUCAUACUUGGACCUUCCUCGCCCUCGAUCUCGGUGGAACAAACCUUCGAGUCUGCGAAGUACAACUCAAAGGAAAUCACCAAUUUACUCUACGACAACAGAAGUAUCGAGUAUCAGAAGCUCUCAAGACUGGAGAAGCUACUGCCCUCUUUGACUACCUUGCUGACUCUGUCGAUGCCUUCCUCACCGAAUUCCCCAGCUCACCUAACAGCGCACCCCCAGAUCCCUUUGCAACGGGCAGUUCAGCGCUCGACCUCCUUGACACGAGUGAUUCAAGCCCUGCAGUUCCACUCGGUCUUACAUUCAGUUUCCCUGUUGAACAGACUGCACUCAACAGAGGCAAGGUUCUAACAUGGACGAAGGGCUUCUCAGCGAAGAAUGCCAUUGGUCAUGAUGUUGUACAGCUACUUCAGGACGCGUUUGACAGGAAGCACCUGCAUGUACGAUGUGUUGCGCUCGUGAACGACACUGUUGGUGCUCUGCUUUCACGCGCAUAUACCGCUGGUGGUUGCAUACUUGGUAGUAUUUUUGGGACUGGCACUAAUGGCGCAUAUGUCGAGAAAGUGGAGAACAUUACGAAGUUGGGCGACUCACCAGCGCGGAAACAUGGUGGCGACAUGGUCGUGAACACAGAAUGGGGAGCAUUUAAUAACACACGAACGACACUUCCAACAACUCCUUAUGACAACAAACUCGACCGAGAAUCAAUAAAUCCCCGUCUCCAAGCUUUUGAGAAAUUCAUCUCAGGCAUGUACCUCGGCGAGAUCACGCGCAACAUUAUCCUGUCCCUGAUCGAUGCCGCCCCAUAUCCGAUCCUUUUCAAUGGUCGGGCCAGCGCCUUACUGAACAAACACUAUGGGCUAGAUACAGCCGUCAUGAGCGAGAUUGAACAAGCAUGGGAGAAUGGCCGAGACCAGCCUUCAUCGAAUGACAAGCUAGUCAACGGCUCACAUGCGAUCUCCAACGCUUCUGCCGCUCAUCCCCACCCUUCAUUAUCAACCCCGACUCGCCAUUUCACUGAAGUAGAUAAACUCUCGCCAGAAGACAGGUCCCGAUUGGAGAGGAUACGCAAUAUCGUCAUCCAGAGAUUCGCUUUGGAUGCAGCAGAUGUUACAUUGCGUGAUGCUGCCAUUGUACACUGGACAUCAUGUUUGGUAGCCAAUCGGGCUGCGAAGUUGAGUGGAUGUGCGAUUGCUGCUGUACUUGUGCAGACAGAGAAAGCGAAGUUGGGUGGUGGGUUCGUGCCGAAGGAUGAGAAGAUCACCAUUGGUGUUGAUGGCAGUCUGAUCGAGCACUACCCCAACUUCAAUGCACGAUUGCGUGCAUCCGUUCGAACACUCGUUGGGGAGGAAGUGGAGGCGCGUCUAAAUAUCGGUCUCGCGAAAGAUGGUAGCGGUGUUGGAGCUGCGUUGUGCGCGCUACAAGCAACUAAGCAAGGUCUUUGAUACCAUCAGCUGUACAACAAUCCCAAGGUACAACGACGUACAACAACUGUAUUCCAGCUCUCCCGUAUAGCAUCCUCACAUACUAAUUCCCACCGAUUGUUGUAUCGUUGCACCCCCUACCUCCUCUUGUGUCCCUAGUUCUAUUUAUCCUUUCCCUUUCCCUCCAACGUGUCCAUGUUUCUCCUUGGGACGAUUUGCGCGGGGUCAGUUGACAUCGAUUAAAGAUAAAGACUUUAAAUGUUAUGUAUCGUUAACUACAUCUCAGGUGGCUAUAGGAUAGAACGGAGUGUCCCGCCUUGUAACUUUUCGUGUAUACAUGUAGACUUGAAUUUGGAUCCCCGUCUUUUCUACUC